AUGUGUUUUUUGUACAAAGAAAUUGCGACAUAUAUAGGUACCAAGCUAUCGGAAUUGAAGAAGCUUUGUGAAGGAGAGAUCCGUGAGAAACGUGGACCCUUAUACUCGCGUGGAGAAAGGCGAUUCCGGCCUGGAGGAAGAAGAAUGAUUUAG